AUGGCCUCAACUCAAUCCAGCAACUCUCCCUCUCCAAACAACCCCCCCAUAGUCAUAGUAGUUUUAUUCAUCUUCUCCGGGGGACUUGUCUUGCUUUCUUUGCUGACUUUUGUUCUAUUCUGCUUCUUUCAGAAGAGGAAGGAGAAGAAGACACAAGAAACCGAUAUCAUCCAUAUCGAUGAGCAUAAAAAGGGCAAGGAAACCAUUGUGCCUGGUCCUUUUGGACAACAGGCAGUAGUUAUAACAGUUGAAGAUGAUGUGCAUGUAGAUGAAACAAAGAAAACUGAUAAACUUGGUAGUGGUUUACAUGCCAAAUCAUCCUCAGCUGAAGCAAAUCAUCACAAUUCUAGUAGCCAAGAGGCAGGAGCUUCUCCUGGUCAUCACCAGCUUGAGAACAAGUCAUAA